GCGAGAGGUAUGGCUGGCGCACUCGGCCGGAGCGGCUUGUGGAAGCUCCAUGUAUAUUGCGACGAAGGGUUUAAAAACCAACUCCUGCGUGACGCGGCCGGGAGGGUCCCGCGCUGCCCCCGUGCGGUGCCGGACCGAUGCGCCCGACAGUAGGUUUCGACAUGGCGCCACUGUCCACACAGUCCAUGGGCAUGGGCGACAGGCCAUGGUCUCCACAAUGUGGGCAGAGCCCGGGCCGAUUGUUCGUGGCGAGGGUUUCCCCGUCUCCAGCACUCGGUGAUGAUGGAGAGAGUACCUGGACUCAGCCGGACCCAAGGCCAGUGUCCCCUGACACGCGCAUGGACCCGCCUUACAAUGACGGUGCCGGCGGUUCUGAAGCAGGUGACGAUGACGGCGUUGCGGAGCAAGGAAAUGUCGAUCCCAUGGCUGAUCAAAGCGAUGUGCUCAACAGUGGUGGAGCGGGCGAGGCGGGUAACAGACGGCCUGCGAACGCUCGUCCGCAAGCUCCGAAGAAACAAAACGUCCCGUGGACGUUGGAUGAGCGGAUAAAGCUGACGAUGUUGAUGGGUGAGGAUGAUGCCCUGAUGGCAGAUGCCCUCGGGCAACACCGUUUCAAGCAGAGGAAGGAGCGGAUUGUUUGGCUAGAUCGGUCGUUGAUGAAGUGCGACAAAACAAUGGCUUCGGAGAACCUAAUGGGGGGGAGUGGAAGCGCAUGGACGAGUGGUGGAUCGGAGGAGAGGUGUGCUGACGAAUCGGAUAGUGCUGCAAAGAUCCGGCGAACGGACAAGGGAAAGGCGAGGAGGGAGGAGGCGAGUACCGUUGCCACGCCGUUGAGCAGGGCAAUGGAGGAUUUCACUCGGUCUUACUGCGAUGGCCUCGACAAAGCGGCCAGUAGCCUGGCGAAAGCCACCGCAGACGCCGGCUCUGCAAUUGCCAGUCGGAUAGGAGACGUGGCCGAAGCGAUGCGAGGUGGCCGUAUCUGCAUGGGGAGAUACGAUGAUGAUGAUGAUGAUGAUGAUGAUGAUGAUGAUGAUGAUGAUGAUGACGAUGAUGAUGAUGAUGAUGAUGAUGAUGAUGAUGAUGUCGACGACGACGAUGACGACGAAGACAACGAUUGUGACGACGAUGAUUGUCAUCAGGAGAUAGUCGAUGGUGACAUAGGUGACGAAGAUGAUGACGAUGACGAUGACGAUGACGUUGAUGAUGAUGAUGAUGAUGAUGAUGAUGAUGAUGAUGAUGUUGACGAUGAUGAUGAUGAUGAUGAUGAUGACGAUGAUGAUGAUGAUGAUGAUGAUGAUGAUAAUGAUGACGAUGAUGAUGAUGAUGAUGAUGAUGAUGAUGAUGAUGACGAUGACGAUGAUGAUGGUGAUGAUGAUGAGGAUGAUGAUGCCGUCCACGCGGGCGAAUCCUUCCUGUGCAGGAAGCAAUCAAUGCCCGCGCGAACGCCGUUCACUUUAGUGGCUUUAAUUCAAAUUGUCUGCGUCACGUCUGCGAAAAAACGUGAGGAAUAGCAUUUCUGUUUUCUAGGUAUCAAUGCUCCGACAUCAAUCAGGUUUUCCAUGUCAUGUUUUUGUGUGCUCACAUGGGAAUGCCUGCGAAUGUUUUGUGUGGAAACGUAAUGCAUGGAUGAGUACAUAGAUUGCAAUUCUCUAUGACGUCGAUUAUUGCCAUUAUUAUUAUUAUUUUUUUUACCGCCAUAGCAAACAACUGAAUGAGUCUGUGUUGUGUCGCAUGUACAUGACGAUGCUUUUGGUAGCGAAGAAGGUGCGAUCAUUGUUGCAUAACAUUAUUUUUUAUUUGAACAACAUUGUUUUUCAAUCGAAUAACAGUAUCUUGCAAUAGGUUAAUUUCGUUUUGCAAUUGAACAACAUCGUUUUGCAAUUGAAAAAUGAGGGGUUAGAUAGGGUAGGGCGAGAGGAUUCAGAAGCAAGGAGAAGAAGGGAAUUUCAAUGACGGAUGGAAAAAAAAAAGGAAAAAAAAAGCAUUCACAUCGAAGAACUUAAGGGAACAGAAAUGUAUGCGGGUCAUUUUUUUAACACUUGAAACAAAUGUCUCCCGGGAAU